UUCUUCUUUUUUUUUUUCCACUGAAUUUUCAUUUUUCUUUUAUAUAAACAACGAGUUUCUUGCAAAUAAAGAUUAGAAAUGAAGAUGUUAGAGGGAAGCAUCAAAAGGGUUUCCACGUUCAGAUGCUGGUUUUGAGGUUUUGAGAGAGAGAGAGAGAGAGAGAGAGAGAGAGAGAGAGAGAGGGGUAUAGAAGAGAAGAUAUAAUGGCAGGUGGUGGUGUAGAAACGCCAUUGUUGUCUAGUGAAGCUAAAUGUGACAACCAGAAGAAUGGAAUAGAAUCAAGACGGCGUCGUCGUAACUCUGUUACUUAUCUAAAAUGUGAUUUCAUCUCCAAUUUGCCUGAUAAGGUUCGAGCUGGUCUUGAUCCUGAGACCCCUUUCAAUCUUGACCUUUCUAAAACCAAGGGCUUGAUUCCAGGAGAGAAGGAAUACUAUCAAAAACAAUUUGCAACAUUACAAUCUUUUGAGGAAGUUGAUUGCCUGAACUCGCAUGACAUUGAUGAAGAGCAGGAAAAUCAGGAACAGCUCCAACAUGAGAGAGCAAUGAACAUUUCUAAUUGGGCAAAUAUCUUUUUGCUUGCUUUCAAGAUAUAUGCUACUAUAAAGAGUGGAUCUUUAGCUAUUGCAGCAUCAACACUAGAUUCUUUGCUGGAUCUCAUGGCUGGUGGUAUUCUAUGGUUCACACACUUGUCAAUGAAAAGCAUUAAUAUAUACAAGUAUCCCAUUGGAAAAUUGAGAGUGCAGCCAGUAGGAAUCAUCAUCUUUGCUGCUGUCAUGGCUACUCUUGGGUUCCAAGUGCUGAUCCAGGCAGUAGAACAGCUGAUUCAAAAUAAACCUUCUGAAAAGAUGACUUCAGAGCAAUUGGUCUGGUUGUACGCAAUCAUGCUGACGGCUACUGGAGUUAAACUUGUCUUAUGGUUUUACUGUAGAAGUUCAGGGAAUGAGAUUGUUCGUGCAUAUGCAAAGGAUCAUUAUUUUGAUGUGGUCACCAAUGUAAUUGGAUUGGUAGCUGCUGUUCUUGGAGAUAAAUUUUAUUGGUGGAUUGAUCCAGCUGGUGCUCUCCUCCUGGCAAUAUAUACAAUUUCAAAUUGGUCUGGAACAGUACUGGAAAAUGCAGUUUCCCUGAUUGGACAGUCAGCACCUCCUGAGGUCCUGCAAAAACUUACAUAUCUAGUCCUUAUGCACCAUCCUCGAAUCAAACGAGUUGACACAGUUCGUGCUUAUACCUUCGGAGUUCUUUACUUUGUUGAGGUUGAUAUUGAGCUGCCAGAAGAUUUGCCACUCAAGGAAGCCCAUGCUAUUGGAGAGUCAUUGCAGAUAAAGAUCGAAGAACUUCCCGAAGUCGAAAGGGCAUUCGUUCAUCUAGAUUAUGAGUGCAACCACAAACCAGAGCAUUCUGUUCUUAACAGGCUCCCCAAUAACCUUGAUUGAUUUUGUAGUUUCCCACAUUCUAUAUCUUCCUCUAAUGUGUCAAACACAGUCCCUUUUUCAGAAGAAAUAAUCCCUUUUCUUGUUUUGGUAUCAGAGGAUGUGAGUUGGAAUGAAAAAACAAAACAAUAUAGUCCUAAUUAAGAGACAUCAUCAGUCAAAUCCAGAAAGGAUUUGUCUGUAAGGACUUUAUUUGGGUCGUUCUGUUGGUUUUGUUUGUAGUCUGAUUGCUUCUUCUGCGUCCUAAGACUUCAAUCUCUUCAAGUUUAGAAUUGUAAAUUACUCCAUUUUGAGCAGAACAAAGGCACAACAAUCAACAUUCCUCUAGAGAUCUCGAAUGAAGAUGAAAAUGAAAUGGAGGAUGAGGCGCAUUAUGUUUAAUUGAACUGUUGCAGAUGUUAUUGGCUACUGUUAUUCAAUGAAAGAACUAGACCAAUUAGUUUCAA